GAACAAAACUGUUGUGUUUGGCAAAGUCAGUAGGCACUGUUUUCUUGGCUUGAUUGAGAAGCCUCUGAUAACUUGCUUUACUCCCACAGAGGGCACAGAGUAGGGACUUUCAAAUCUUGUUUGGGUCAGAAGACCCUUGAAAAAGGUGCUCAGCACCAGACAUAUGUAUUUGCACUCCCAAGUCUACGUCCAGUUUCAGGGGUACACAGACCUCCCUAAAGUAGACCCCGGGAGCCCCUUUCUCAUCAGUAAGUGUAUUCUCCAUGAAAAACGUCUUUAAAAAGCACGCCAGCAUUCCUUAUGUUGUGGACCUUGUUAUAGAAUAAAGGGGGACAGUAGUGCAGAGGACACUGUGGGGAGUCCGGGCUGUUUUUGCUUUUUAAGUCAUUACAAAGAGCUGUACCUUUGUAAGUUUGGGGUACCUACCUGUCUUUAUUGUCUUGGGCAUCCUUGUUUCUAGUCACUGGGUCCUCAUAGGUAGCUAGAGGAAGGAUGUCACAGUCUAGGGAACUUGGCAGGGAGGGAGCCAUGGAUUGAUGCCAAUGAGUAUCCUCAAAGUCCCUUGCCCUUGCCUGCCCUGCGGAGUCUCUGAGCCUGGGUUCCCUGAUGGGCUGGCUGCACAGGACACCAGUGGACUGAGAAUGUCAUGUGACUCCUUGGGGCUAAUAAGAGGAGAGGACCUCCCAGCACAGCUCCUGGCGGAGGGCCAGUAGUGCCCUGGCUUCUGCCUACACAUCCCUCAGUGCUGUAUACCCUGGGUCACGAAACACAGCUUCGUAGGGCUGACUCCUGAAGAUCUGUGACAGCCCCACACUCUAGGAGAUAGGUGUGAACCGGUGAAGCACCAGUCUAGUACUGGGGCGAUUCACACCACCUUCUGCAGGUGUGCCAGCAAUCUUGGAACUAGGUGCUGUGUACCCUGUAAGGCACCAAGAGCUGUUUGCGAACUAGAGAAAGAACGAGAAUAAAAAUGGAAGACCCGGAAGCACAGGGAAUGAAGAAGAUGAGCAACAUUUAUGAGUCAGCUGCCAACACGCUGGGAAUCUUUAACAGCCCCUGCCUGACAAAAGUCGAGCUGCGUGUGGCGUGCAAAGGCAUUUCUGACAGAGAUGCUCUGUCCAAGCCGGACCCCUGCGUCAUCCUCAAGAUGCAGUCCCAUGGGCAGUGGUUUGAGGUGGACAGGACGGAGGUGAUCCGUACCUGCAUAAACCCAGUGUACUCCAAACUGUUUACGGUGGACUUUUACUUUGAAGAGGUUCAGCGCCUCCGGUUUGAAGUCCAUGACAUCAGCAGCAACCACAAUGGGCUGAAGGAGGCUGACUUCCUGGGUGGCAUGGAGUGCACACUUGGCCAGAUUGUAUCCCAGAGAAAGCUUUCCAAGUCCUUGCUGAAGCAUGGGAACACAGCUGGAAAAUCCUCCAUUACGGUGAUUGCUGAAGAAUUAUCAGGCAAUGACGACUAUGUGGAGCUUGCAUUCAAUGCACGGAAAUUGGAUGAUAAGGAUUUCUUCAGUAAAUCCGACCCAUUUCUGGAAAUUUUCAGAAUGAAUGAUGAUGCAACUCAGCAGCUUGUGCACCGGACAGAGGUUGUGAUGAAUAACUUAAGCCCAGCCUGGAAGUCGUUCAAAGUAUCAGUAAAUUCUCUGUGCAGCGGAGAUCCAGACCGCCGGCUAAAGUGCAUAGUGUGGGACUGGGACUCGAAUGGCAAGCAUGACUUUAUUGGAGAAUUCACCUCCACCUUCAAAGAGAUGAGAGGAGCCAUGGAAGGGAAACAGGUACAGUGGGAAUGUAUCAACCCCAAGUACAAGGCCAAGAAGAAGAAUUACAAGAACUCAGGCAUGGUGAUUCUAAACCAGUGUAAGAUCCACAAGAUGCAUUCCUUCUUGGACUACAUCAUGGGUGGCUGCCAAAUCCAGUUUACAGUAGCUAUAGAUUUCACUGCCUCUAACGGAGACCCCAGGAACAGCUGUUCCCUGCACUAUAUCCACCCUUACCAGCCCAAUGAGUACCUAAAGGCCUUGGUGGCUGUGGGAGAGAUUUGCCAAGACUAUGACAGUGACAAAAUGUUCCCAGCUUUUGGGUUUGGUGCCAGGAUACCCCCAGAGUACACGGUCUCUCAUGACUUUGCAAUCAACUUUAAUGAGGACAACCCAGAGUGUGCAGGAAUCCAAGGAGUUGUGGAAGCCUACCAGAGCUGCCUUCCCAAGCUCCAGCUUUAUGGGCCCACCAACAUUGCUCCCAUCAUUCAGAAGGUUGCCAAGUCAGCUUCAGAGGAGACUAACACCAAGGAGGCUUCGCAAUACUUCAUCCUGCUGAUCCUGACAGAUGGUGUCAUCACAGACAUGGCUGACACCCGGGAGGCCAUUGUCCAUGCCUCCCACCUCCCCAUGUCAGUCAUCAUCGUGGGAGUGGGCAACGCUGACUUCAGUGACAUGCAGAUGCUGGAUGGCGACGACGGAAUUCUAAGGUCACCCAAGGGAGAGCCUGUCCUUCGAGACAUCGUCCAGUUUGUGCCCUUCCGGAACUUCAAACACGCAUCGCCAGCUGCCCUUGCAAAGAGUGUGUUGGCUGAAGUCCCAAAUCAAGUCGUGGACUAUUACAACGGUAAAGGGAUUAAACCAAAGUGUUCAUCGGAAGUGUAUGAGUCUUCCAGGACACUGGCACCAUGAAUUCCAAACUUUUACAGAGUUCUGAAGCACUGUUCGCUAAUAUUUACUACUUCUAUUCCUGUACUUAAAAAAAAAAAAUAACAAUAACAUACAUUUAAAGAUAGCACGUUUCGGUGAUUUUUAACUAACUGACUUUUUUUUGUUUUGUUUUGCAUGUGUAGCCCCCAAGGCCUGAUCUGUAUUGUUAAAGACUUUUUACAAUGAAAUACAGUCAUAACAUACUCUUUACAGCAUGUUGCCUUGAACUAAAAUGGUAUAUGUAUCCAUUUUUAUACCGGUUUGUUGAAAUUUUGCUAAAUUUCUUAUUAUCUUUACACUGUAAAGCAUUUUGAAACAUUUCUUGAAUGUUGAUAGCCAAAACGUAUUUGGCUUAAUCUCCCAUAGGAUGAGAGACUUUUCCAAAUGGCAGAUGCAUGGACUGUAUUUUGCAUGUUUAAAAUACUAAUAAAAAUAAUCCUACACUGUUUUUGCAAUUGUUAUCUAUAAUCCCUCCCUGCUGAGAAUGGCCUCUCUACUAAAUAAAUUUACCUACCUAGAGGUAGCCUUUUUGAAGUGGAUCUGGGUCAUUUAGCCCAGUGCCCAUGUUUACACACUACCGUAUACACAAAUUCCCUGGGAAUCUUGUUCUAAAGGAGCUUUUUAAUUCAGGGCCUGAGGUUCUGCAUGUCUCACAAGGUCCCAUGCAAUGCCAAUGCAUUCCUUGCACUGCACAAGGACCAGUGAGGUUCUGAACUUGGAGGCUUUCACAAUAGAGAUCACCCCAAACAGGGCAACUCUUAGCCUGCUUGCCAAGGGCACCUCUUCCCUGCCAGUAGCACAGAGGACUGGCCCAUCUCUGAGGCGAGGCUAGAAAGUAAUGAGACUGAUUCCAGAAGCUGAACACCUCACAUCAGUCUCACUGCUUUAUAGUCACACCUCUUCCUCAACCCAGACUAAGGAGCGCUCCUUCUGGCUUGCUCCUGCUUGGCUAAUAGAGGCACUACAGCUCACUGCAUGGAUGGUUCUGGUUCCUAGAAAUGAUUUCCCAAGAUUCUUCCUUGGAUCUUGAAUGGAAUCUUGUCCAUGCCAAAUAGCAACAUGGCUCCCCAGAUUUCUGUUCUACUCACUUGAUCUUUGAGCUCAGUGUUGGGGCAUCUUUUUGCCUCGUUUCUCACUUCUGAGUGUAACCUCCAUGAGUAGAAAUGACUAUGUAGGGCGGGAGUGUUUGGUCUGAAUCUAAGGUAGUCUUGGACCAAAACAAUGACUUGUUUUUGCUUUUCUGAUCAUCUCUUGGAGAAAUGGACAAAUGUUUUAUACGCUACAAAAAAAAGCACAAAUGAAACUUAGUUUUGGUCAGAAAAAUGGUGAAGUACAUCCAAAGCAAAAGAAACAUUUUGUUGGGAUAGGGUUCUUGGGGGGAGGGGGCAGUAGUAAUUAAUGAAGCAAAUCAAAUGUCUUGUACAAUUUCCAGAGUUAUAAUUAUAGAUCCUAAUCUUGCAAAUACAUGUCAACCAAAUGCAUAACAUUUUGGGAAUGAUGGUUUAAAAAAAAUGUAAGACUGAAAAAGAGUCAUAAAUGUUUAAAUUGUAUUGUUUUCUGAAUAAAUUGGGUACUUACAGAA